UCAAUUCAGACAAUACUUGGGGUAUAUGUACUUAUAAAAAUUCUUAAGUCACACCGCAGAACCUUUUAAAACGAACUAGCCAAAGCAAACUGGUGAUUAAAAUGCUAGAAAAAUAAAAAAAAACUAAAAUCUUGAUGUUGACCAAGUCCAUUAAACACUUAUCGUUAAACAUUACGUUACAGCAGCUAAAUUAAUUUAAGAUCAAGUGUAAAAAGCUCAGUUUGAAUUGUAGCAGCGUAUGCAUUUUAAACUUUGCACGGAAUUUUGAACUAUGCAUGCAUUUGAACUAUCAAGCAUGAAAAGCGAAUUCUGAUUGAAACUAGUAUUUUGUAGUAGUAGUGGUAUUUAUUGUCUGGGGGGUUCUUACAUUUCUAUAGUUCAACUGGUAGAGCAUGGCGCUAAUAAUGCUGAAGUUAUGGGUUUGAUUCCCAGAGAAUUCCUAGACUGUUAAAAAAUGCACACCUUGUAUGCAUAGUAAGACAAUCUGGAUAAUAGUGUCUGCCAAAUGCAUAUAUGCAAAGGUAUUUUAAGUGACUGCAACUUCUCUGUAGCUGUUACUCAUUUGCAAUAUAAUUUGAGUUGUCUUAUCAGUGAGGAUGCAUUAGCAAUUGCACAUGGGGGCCUGGGUAUCUCAGCGAGUAAAGAUGCUGACUACCACCCCUGGAGUUGCAAGUUCAAAUCCAGGGCAUGCUGAGUGACUCCAGCCAGGUCUCCAGGUCGCCUAAGCAACCAAAUUGGCCCGGUUGCUAGGGAGGGUAGAGUCACAUGGGGUAACCUCCUUGUGGUCGCUAUAAUGUGUGAUUCUUGCUCUCAGUGGGGUGCAUGGUGAGUUGUGCAUGGAUGCCACGGAGAAUAGCGUGGGCCUCCACACACGCUACAUCUCCAUUGUAACGCACUCAACAAGCCAUGUAAUAAGAUGCACAGAUUGACAGCCUCAGACGCAGAGGCAACUGAGACUUGUCCUCUGCCACCUAGACUGAGGGGGAACCCAGAUAAGUGUGACAUAUGGGGGAACACACCACUCCACCUGGCUGCUGCCAAUGGCCAUCUCAAUUGCUUGUCUUUCCUUGUGUCGUUUGGUGCCAACGUGUGGUGCCUUGACAACGACUACCACACGCCUCUGGACAUGGCUGCUACCAAGAACCACAUGGACUGCGUGCGCUACCUGGACUCUAUCGCUGCCAAGCAGACGGCCCUCAAUCCCAAGCUAGUAAGCAAGCUGAAGGAUAGAGCAUUUCGCGAUGCCGAACGGCGCAUCAAGGAAUGUGUUAAACUUCAGCAAAAGCACCGGCGGCACAUGGAGCGCAAAUUCCAGAGAGAGACAAUGGAAGCAUCGGUCUCUGAUGCCAUGAGCUUCUCCAGCUAUGCCAGCAGCACCUUGAGUCGCAAGUUACACAACUUCAACACUGCCACUAGUGUGCCAUACUCCCAGGCUACUCUUCAUGCCACAGCCAGGGGUAAAACUAAGAUCCAGAAGAAGCUUGAUAAGAAGAAGCAAGGUGAUGGGACCUUCAAGAUCUACGAAGAUGGCAGGAAGAGCGUUCGCUCCUUGUCUGGACUACAACUGGGUAAUGACGUCAUGUUUCUGAAGCAGGGGACGUAUGUCCACCCCAAGGACCGGUCCCGUCGCAACAUACGUGACAUGUUCCCAAGUUACAAUGAGGACGCUAUUUCGCGUGCCAUCAGUGAGCCCGACCUGCAUGGACAAGAUGUGGACUACUCAGAGAUAAGCAAUGACUCGGGUCAUGACUCGCUCUUCAACCGCCCCGGCCUGGGAACCAUGGUGUUCCGACGCAACUAUGUGAGUAGCGGACUUUUCGGCAUUGGCAGCAGAGAUGAAGGCAGUCUUGUGGGCAGCGAACAGGUCAAUAAUGUGCGCCUGCAGAGCCGGUUGCAACGCUCACCCAGUCUGGAUGAUGAUAGCAUUGGAAGUGCCCGUAGCCUGCAGGAGAGGAACGUGCAGGAGCUGCCAUGGGAAGAGGUUGAGUUGGGUUUGGAUGACGACGAUGAGCCAGACACCAGUCCACUGGAAGUGUUUCUGGCCACACAGAGCAUGAAUGAGUUCAUUCCUAUCUUCAAAAGAGAGAAGAUCGACCUGGAGGCCCUGUUGCUUUGCUCAGACAACGACCUCAAGAGCAUUCACAUCCCACUGGGGCCCCGCAAGAAGAUCAUAGAUGCCUGUCAACAACGAUUGGAGGCUAUUGAAGACCCAGGCUGCAUAGAGGACACCGAGUUGUGAAUUCUGCCUUUACCUCAAUGAAUGAUUAACAUUGAAACAAGACAGUAGAGUUGAAGAAAAAGCAACCCUUACAAUAAUCAAGAGUUCAUGGCAAAUCUGUGACAGACUUGCAGCAAAUUGUCCAUUGUUGCCAAAGGUUUGCUGCAGGUUCACCACUACUGGUGAAGAGCUGCAAACUUCUGGCAAACAUGUGCGGCAAAUCACAAGCUCAUUUGCAUGUGAAAAUAUUUAGUGGCAAAUUUGCGGCUCUAGAUGUUUUGUAAGGGGAGACUUAUGUUUUACGGAGCUGCUUUACACAACUGUGUCACCAAAAUAUUUACUGUAUCUUGCAGUGGCAACAUUGCACCAUUGUACCAUUUUUCUUUGAAGAUAAGUUCGUUUUUCAACAUUUGGCCAAUGAAACUAAAGUAAACCUAAACUGAAACAAAAACUAGAAGGAAUAGUUCACCCAAAAUUUUAAUUUCUCUCAUCAUUUACUCACUCUCAUGCCUUCCCAGAUGUGUAUGACUUUCUUUCU